CUCCAUUUCAGUGGCUCAAAGCAACCGGUGAAGGCAAGCGAAACGAUAUCCAGAAAUGGUUCAAUCUCUGGCGAUGCCCGUGGCACCUGCACUCUCAGUGCUCUGCAAGGGAGGAAACCCUUCAAAGUCAGUCUCUAACACUCUCUACUUUCCCACUUCUACGCCUCCAAAGUUUCGUAGUCUGAGCAUCCAAUGUGUUCGAGUCGGAGGCGUUGAGAUCCCUAACAACAAGCGAGUUGAGUUCUCUCUUCAGUACAUCCAUGGUAUUGGCCGUAGCAAAGCUCGUCAAAUCCUCUGCGACCUCAAUGUGGAGAACAAAAUCACCAAAGAUUUAUCCGAAGAGGAACUCAUAUCUGUCAGAGAUGAAGUUUCUAAGUGCAUGAUCGAAGGUGAACUGAGACGAUUCAAUGCGCUAGCUAUUAGGAGAUUGAUAGACAUUCAGUGCUACAGAGGGGUUCGCCACCAGAAAGGCUUGCCUUGCAGGGGACAGCGCACCAAGAACAAUUGUCGGACGUUGAAGGGUAAGAAGGUCGCUAUUGCAGGGAAGAAGAAGGCUCCUCGUUGAUGUUUGGAUCUCUUUUCUGUUAUUGUUGGUGAAAUUCAAUGUGACAUUUAGUUCCCGUUUUGAAUGAAUCAUUGAGAAUUGAUUCACUUGUUG